UGUGUGGGUGUGUGGGUGUGUGUGCACUUAUAAGUGAAUGUGUGUGCGCGCGCGUCUACGUAUAUUCUCGCCAAUGUUUUUUUAUUGACGUUCCGGAUAAGGGUAGAGUUCCACAGAGAAAUCGAAUGUCCGAAGAUAUUUUACACGGAAAUCGAACGCGGACUUGUGAAAUCAAUUUGUUUUCGGAAUAGCUACAAAUAUAAUAUUAUACCGUUGUAUCCGGUCCGUUAUUGUGCACGUGCUCGCGGAAUAAUAUUAUUACUACACGCGUAUCUUAUAGCAUUAUAGUCUUUAAACCCGAACUCCGGUAUAAUAUCCAGUAAUAAAUAAUAAUACAGUCCCGGUCUACCUGACAACACACGCUCUCGUCAGUGGUGUGUGUGCACAAUACAUCUUUAAGCCGAUAUAAUUGCUCUGGGCAUUUUGCCCAGAAACGCGUAUUCAAAACGGGCCCGCAGUACAGCGGCAAGCUGAUUCUGUCACGGACGGCCGUGGAUACUACGUGGCAGCGGCGCCAGGAACUGUCGCUACAUCCGGCGACGGCGACGGCUGCUGAAACGGAAGACUGGCACGGCAGGUCGAUGCAGUCCGACAAGGGUUACAGCGCUCAGGUGAUCGCUCUGAUAUGUGGUCUAAUUGUAAUUGUUCUGAUGCUAUUGACAUUGACUUCCACUGAUUGGUUGUUGUCAGCCGGUUGGCGUCAAGGUUUAUUUUCUCAUUGCAUUGCGGCCAAUGCACCUACCCCAUUACCAUUUAAUGUACCUGAUAAUGGUCCAGAUUGUUAUCCAACACGUGAAGUUGGAUACAUAAGAGUAGCUGCAGCUUUGUGUAUAGUAACAUUGGUCACAGACAUAGUGGCUACUCUUUUAACAGGGCUUGGGUUGAGAAGCAAAGAUCAACGAACCAAAUACAAGUUCUACAGAGUAGCUGUUUACGUCAUGUUACUUGCAUUAUUGUCCUUAUUGAUAGCAUUGAUUGUGUAUCCAGUAUGUUUCGCGGCUGAAUUAAAUCUAGGAAACCGAACUGUAUGGGAAUUUGGAUGGGCAUACGGCGUAGGAUGGGGCGCCGGAAUAUUUUUGUUUGGUGCUGUUGUAUUGCUGUUAUGCAACAAAGAAUCUGAAGAAAUCUACUAUAAAGAACGAAAAGUGACAUCGUCCGCCUAGUGUGCGGCGCCCCUGCCUGACGUAGUACUUUAGUGACCUUCCUCCGUUGGUCGGACGACGGGCAGGGUGAUCUUAUUAUUUUUAUGAUAAGACAGUCAUUACCAUGAUUUACUAACAAACACGUCAUACGUGUCAAAAUUCAUCUUACAUCUUUGAUUUUUGACAGUAAUUAACUAUUCUGGUGGGGGAAUAUUUGCUUUGCGCACAUUAUACUAACUAAAAUUGUAAAAGAUUCUUUCAGUAAUUAUAAUCAAAUUAGCAUUAGGUUUUUUUAUAGAUAGAAUGAUACAUUUUUUUUUCAUGUUUUAACUUUAAUAACUUGAGAUUUUUGUUGAUCAAGUGACGAAAGUUAAGAUAGAAUUUUAUAUUAACUUAAUAAUUAAUAUAUGAUUGUGGUAGUCUGUGUUCUAUUUAAAUUAUCAGCAUUAUUGUUUAUGACUUAUGAGCAUCACCAUAAAUUAAAUUUAUUUUAAAAUAUUUCUCAUUGUUUUAAAUUAACAAUGAGUUUGACAUUUUAUCAUUUAUUUAAUUUCUAUUAUUAAUUUAAGUUUAAAAAUUGUCUAAUUUAAAUUGUAUUAUAGUUAUUUUUAGUCAACAUAUUGACGACACCAUGUAAAAAUAAUACUAAUUUUGUGUAACACGAGUUCUUUUAUAAUGUUCUUUCUGAUCAAGUGUAAUAAGUAAUAACAUGUUCAUAUCUAAUAUUAACUAUUGUUAAAAUAAUUAAAUUUAGUAGAAGUAAAAAAAAAAAAAAUGUAAAUAUUAAAAUAUUUUGUAUAUCAUACUAUGUUCCGGCUUGUGUUUUAUACCACAAGCAGUAGCCAAAGAGAGUUGACCCUGCCAAAGAACAAAAAAAAAAAAAAAAUAAUGAAAGAAAAACUUCCUCUAUUAACAUUCCUAUAUGCAUAUAAUUUCUAUAUUUUGUUGAUUGUAUAUAGUAUGUUCUCACCCUAACCUUGUUAAAGAUUAUCCCGUUAUAUAUUUAUCAAUGUUUAUUUUCCCGUUGAUUUUUUUAUACAAAGCAUUUUAUUAAUAUAUUAUUGUAUUCUUGCCUUUUAUUAUAAUUUUAAUUAAAUAUAAAUUAGUGACACACAAUAGAUUUUAUAUAAACAUAUGUAUAACAAUUAUAUAAUAUUCGUGAGAAAUGAUAAUCUCCAACAUAAUAAGUUAUUAUUUAAGUUUUUUUUAUAUUUUUUAACUAUGUAUAUCAAGUACCUUUGUUAAAACUACAUAUCUUUAAAAUGAGCUAUUUUUAUAGUGCUCCUAAUUUAUUUUACCCUUAAGAUUUACAGGUCAACCGUCCAUCCUAAUAUAUCUCUCCCUUUAAAAAUGUAUUUUUAUGUUAUUUGCACAUUUUGUUACAAUUUAUUUGCUAUAGUUCUAUUAUAUAUAUUGUAUAAACAA